AUGUCCGGCAAAACCUCUGGCUCCGACGCCAAAUCGCGCGAUCACCACGACGGCAGCGCAGGCCGAGCCUUUACCGUGGAGCAGAAAGCCGCCGUAAUACGCAUCAAAUCGUGUGCGCCAACCGCCUACUACAAGAUCCUCGGUCUCGAAGAAGUCAAAUCCACCUGUUCAGACUCGGAUAUUAAAAAGGCAUACCGCAAGCUCUCGCUGCUUACGCAUCCGGACAAGAAUGGGUACGAUGGCGCGGAUGAUGCGUUCAAGCUGGUCAGCAAGGCGUUCCAGGUGUUGAGCGAUCCGGAUAAGAAGAAGAAGUAUGAUCAAUUUGGUGGGGACCCUGAUGCGAGGUUCGAUCCUAGAGCGCAUGCUAGUGCGCAUGGUGGAGGUGGUGCGAGUCCAUUCGGAAAUGGGUUCGCGAGAAGAGGAGGAUUUGAGGAGGAAAUGACUCCCGAAGAGUUGUUUAGACAGUUCUUUGGCGGUGCUUUCGGAGGGCCUUUUGGCGGCAUGGACACAGGACCAGGCUUUGUCUUCAAUCUAGGCGGCGGCCCUGGCGUCCGCGUUCACCAAUUCGGCGGCGGCCGACCACGCAGACGUCCCGGCACCGCUGUACCCCCCGGCUCCGAAGGCCAACAAAACGUCUCCUCAGCCUUUGCGAAUCUCCUUCCUCUCCUUUUCCUCUUCGUCCUACCCCUCCUCUCCUCUCUCUUCUCCGGCUCAAGUAGCACAUCCGCAGGCCCCAGCGUCGUCUUUGAAACCCCCCGCUCCCCCAACACAUUGAAGCGCGUAUCUACGCGGAUAAAGAUCGACUACUUUGUCGACCCCAAGGACGUUCACGAUUACACACCAAAGAAGUGGCGGAAACUGGAUGAGCAGGCUGAGAAUCAGUACGUUCAUAUUACCAACACGCGGUGUCAGAACGAGCGGGUCAAGCAGAGGAGAGCGAUGGAGGAAGCACAGGGUUGGUUCAGUGUGGACCAAGAAGCCAUGAACAAGGCGCGGAACAUGGAGUUGAAGAAUUGUAAUAAGCUUAGGAAGUUGGGGCUGGAAGUGUACUAA